CUUGUAAUAUUACAAUUCGAAUACAAAUCAAUUGCCAAUUGAUCAUUCCAAUGACUGGUUGUUUAUCAUCAUCAUUGAUCAAUCGAUCAUGAUUCAAUUUAUUGUUGUAUUGUUUUCUACAAUGUUAAUCAUUAUGGAUCAAUCGGCUAUGGGACAGCGACGACAAUUAUUAAUAGCUGAUUCGAAUAAAAAUAUUCCAGCUCAAUCACAUCAGGUUGAAUAUUUACAAUUUAUGCGUUCAACAUAUGGAAAACAAAAUCUGACUGAAAUUGCUGAAGAAUUGGGAUUAAAAAAUUAUGAACAAAAUUUUACCGAAUUUCAGAAACAAUAUGAUAAACGUUAUUACGAUGGUGAAGACCUCGAACUACGUCGUGCCAACUUUCUGUAUUCAUUGAAAAUGGUCAAAGAUAAUGAAAAUGAUUUUAAAACUGGUAGAGUUCCUUACCGUUUGAAAAUAAAUAAGUUUGCUGAUUUUGGAAUGAAUGAAAAAAUAUUUAUCAAUCAAAAAUUAUUGACAGCCAAACAUGAAACGGCCAAUAAACCGAUACCAUUCACGAAUAAUAAAAUGUCCACGAAUGUCGUUCGAAAAAUAAAUAAAACAUCGAUCACAUUUCCGGCACAAUUUGACUGGCGUUCACAAAGUAUGGUUACACCGAUUGAAGAUCAAGGACAAUGUGGUUCCAGUUGGAUAUUCGCCGGUGUUGGACUAGUUGAAAGUGCCAAUGCAAUUGCAGGCAAUCCAUUAGUUGUUCUAUCGAAACAACAAGUAUUGGAUUGUGUAUUACCUCCAUUCUAUCUAAGUGAUGGUUGUAAUGGUGGUAUGUUAGAUGAUAUAUUUCAUUAUACAAAACAAGUUGGUCUAACCAUGGAAAAAACUUAUCCAUAUAAGGGCAAACAAGAAGAAUGUCAUCAAGUAUUGGGCGAAUGGCGUGAAUGGAUUUAUCGUUAUAAUUAUCUUCCAUUAAAUUCAACCGAUGAAAUGAUCAUGUGGUUCAUUUACAAUAAAGGUCCUGUCGCUGCAUUGAUAAAUGCUGGUGAUCGUCAAUUUCAGCUAUACAGUGGCGGUAUUUUGACCGAUGGUGGUGAUCGUGGUCUUGAUGGUCAACAUAAUCAAUAUGUACAGAUUAUCGGUUGGGGUAAUGAUAAUGGAUUAGAUUUUUGGAUGGUCAAAAAUAGCUGGGGCCGUGAUUAUGGUGAAAGUGGCUAUGUCAAAAUGAUUCGUGGCGUGAAUAAUCGUGGAAUCAAUACGGUUGUUGCAUAUGUGGAAGCAUUGCCAAUUCGACAACCUGAACCACCGAGACCGACUACAGAAAAACCGGAACCUGGUACCGGCAUGACUAUUCAACAUUCAAUCCCACUAACAACAUUAAUGCUUUCAAUUGAUAUCAAUGGCGAUUCAAGUUCUUUAACACCGACAAAUCUUGCCGAAAUUGUGAGAAUUUUCGUCCAAUUUUUAGUUGCCAUUUUCAAUGCAUUUCAACGAAUUUUCGCACAAUCACCAAUGCUUCGUAAUGAUGUCAUGUAUAAAAGUUGGAGUGAUCAAGAUUUUGCCUAUAAUCCUAACAUUAGCUUUGAAAAAGUUCUCCAAGAUCGUAAGGAAAAAUUCAAUCAGAUUUUCAAUACGGUACAAAGGUUCAAACGAGGAGCGGGAAAAACAUUCAACAUGGAUGAUUUUAGUCAAGAAAAUGUGGAAAAUUUACUGGAACAAUUUCUCAAGAAUAUCAAUGGUUUAACACGAAUCAAAAGAAAUGUUGAACAAUUUAUCAAUCGUGGACAAUUCGAUAAUAAUGCUAUUGAAAAAUUAUUGAACGAUUAUGUUUCAGCAAUGAAACAAAAAUGA